CGAAUCGUUCCUGAGUCAAGUAGUCGCAGAGCCGAGUAGUACCGUCAUCAAGUUCGCGCCGAAUUGUGUUUGGAGGCAGUUCCAACUUCGACGUGCUUUUGUUAUAAAUUGUAUGAUAUCCAAAGCCGAGUAGUACUGUCAUCAAGUUCGCGCCGAAUUGUGUUUGGAGGCAGUUCCAACUUCGAUGUGCUUUUGUUAUAAAUUAGCUGACAUGGAUCCGGGAGUCGUCUGCUUCGAACAUUGCGGGCCGAAGGUGUUUUGCAUUUCGUUACCCGAUUACUGUCCGGUAUGCCACAUCGAUCUAUCUCUCGCCAACUUUUCCCUGAUGCCUUUUCGGGUUCCGUAUCCGUUUAUACGAGCGUCGCAGUAUCCUUGUGCUGUCGUUAUCAAACCUACAGUUGGCGAUUUUUUGCAUGACUACUACAAUUCGAUGGACCUACAUAUCGGCAUAACAACAUCGACGGGAAUAAUUGUGGAAUUCGACAAGAACGGUUUACGUCGACACAUGAACGACGAGUGGAAUCAAUGCUUGUUGGUGGAUCAGGCGAGCUCGCCGUGGAGAGAGCACUGGGACAACGUUCUUCUUCAAGUGUGCAAGCAAAAGUGCUGGUUGGCGAAGAAUUACGACGAGGAGAAGAAUAACUGUUACAGUUUCGUCUUGACAUUCUUACACGCGUUGAAUUAUGGCAAUCUCAGCGUCGCCGCUUCAAGUAAAACCGCCUUCUGUGAAAAUUUUAUUGUACCGAGAACAACGUCUGCCGGAAAAUACAUCUCAUUGUAUAGAAAGUUGAAAAAUGGACGCUUUUGUGUUCAUCGAGGAGGUUGUAAAUAAUGGGAUUAGUUUAUUAUUUAUUUAUAUUUUGUUUAUUUAAAUAAAAGUAGGUAAAUACUU